AGUGGCAGCUAAUGUGGAUCUGAAUAAAGGAAUAAAUGAGACAAGCGUGAACAAGUUUAACCUCUGUAAACACCGGUUCAAAAUUAAUCUUAUAACCAAAAUCUAUAAUAAGAAGUCUUCAACAAAUGGAUAACUCUUUUAGGAAACAUUGCGGCACACAGAAUUGAAGCUCUGAUGUUGCAAUUCCAUCUUCUCCCUCUAGAUGACCAACCAGCCAAGCUUUGCUGCAGAGCAACCAGUAGCAGCCACUGCGGAUAGCUUUAAGCUAACGUUAGCUCUAGAUUAUUAUCCCCACUUUGGGGUCGUUCUCAGUCAUUGGUUUGCUAGCUUUUUAAGGCUGGCUUCACUGGCCAAAAAUGCAGAAAUAUGAGAAGCUUGAAAAGAUAGGAGAGGGUACGUAUGGGACAGUGUUCAAGGCCAAAAACAGAGAAACACACGAAAUUGUGGCUCUGAAAAGGGUCAGGUUGGACGACGACGACGAGGGGGUGCCAAGUUCUGCCCUGAGAGAAAUCUGUCUUCUGAAGGAGCUAAAGCAUAAAAACAUUGUCAGACUACAUGAUGUUUUGCACAGUGACAAGAAGUUAACCUUGGUUUUUGAAUAUUGUGAUCAGGAUUUGAAGAAAUAUUUUGACAGCUGCAAUGGGGAUCUAGAUCCUGAAACUGUGAAGUCAUUUAUGUACCAGCUAUUGAAAGGUCUUGCUUUCUGCCACAGUCGAAAUGUCCUUCACAGAGAUCUGAAGCCACAGAAUCUCCUUAUCAACAGGAAUGGGGAGUUGAAGCUGGCUGACUUUGGGUUGGCUCGAGCCUUCGGCAUUCCUGUGAGGUGUUACUCAGCAGAGGUAGUGACAUUGUGGUACCGGCCUCCAGAUGUGCUGUUUGGUGCUAAACUUUAUUCUACCUCAAUUGACAUGUGGUCUGCUGGAUGCAUAUUUGCAGAGCUGGCCAAUGCUGGGAGGCCUUUGUUCCCGGGAAAUGAUGUGGAUGACCAGUUGAAAAGAAUCUUCAGAUUGUUGGGUACACCGACUGAAGAACAGUGGCAGACUAUGACGAAACUCCCCGACUACAAGCCAUAUCCCAUGUACCCAGCAACCACCUCACUGGUCAAUGUGGUCCCCAAAUUAAGUAGCACAGGACGGGAUCUACUCCAGAACCUGUUGAAAUGUAAUCCAGUCCAGAGGAUCUCUGCAGAAGAGGCCUUGCAGCACCCCUACUUUGCAGAUUUCUGCCCACCCUAAAUGCUAAUUUGCCUCUCCCUGAGCCUCAGCCACCAGAAUCAAUCAUCCUUCACUCUGCUGGGUCAUUAGGACCACUCUCAACAAGGCAAAUCCCUCACCGGUUUUCAAACACCCCCCUGCUAUAAUUCUCUCUGUGCCUCGGUGUGGAACGAAGGCCGAGUGGCUCUGUGAGGUUUUAGGUUCUUUUAAAUGGCAAGUCUGUUUAAUUUGGUACAUAUAGGCCUCCCAGCCAAUUAGCACUAAUCUGGGAGGGAGCUUUUUAUGUUGCAUUGAAUACAUUUUCUACCUGUGGAUGUGGUUGUCAACAAGAAGCCCCUCUGCUCCCAAAGACUCAAACACAAAUGAGCUGUAUAUUUCUGCUUUUCAAAGAAGUGUUUAUAAAACAGAAGCACUUUGAAUCUGUGGUGAUCUCAUUCAGUACUGCAUCAGACACACAAACUGCCUUUCUUUUAGUAUGGUUUCUGUUCUCACUGUAACUUGUGAGUUAGCUUUUAUUCAUAGUCUUAACAUCAGUGUAGCAUGACAGAGAUGAGAUUUUUGAUGCCAAUGCCAACAUUGAUACAUCCGUUUUUUAUCCCACAAACUCAAAGCCAACUGAGCCUAGAUCUUUAUUGAAUCACCUAGAUUUAGUUCUUUAAGCAUUGUGUAGAAAUAUAUGAGAAUAGAUUACAUAAUGGCCACAUUAUUUAUAAAUCAUUUCAGACACUCUGGUGUGUCUCUACUGCAGUUUGAUGAUACUUAACUUGCUGUACUAUACGCUUAUACUGACAUCUCUAUCUGGCUCUAAUGAGGACCACAGAGGGGAGCUAAUGCCACAAAAAUAUUAAAUACAAUUAAAUUGCUUUGCCAGUUUAAAAAUCACAAGUUAGGGUACUUUUUGUUACACUGUAAAGGUUUAGGUGAUUUUUUUUUUCUUUUUUAGAUGUUUGUUAUUUUUUAACACUUCAUUUUACAAAUCUGUUAUUUUCUGGAUAUUUUUUGAGAAGUUUGGACCUUUGGUUUGCGAUUUGAUGGUAAAUCCUAUAUUAUAGUAAACCCUGACUCAAUACAAUUAUGAACUCAAAAUUUAAACUAUACUGAGCAUUGUUUUGCUUUGAGUUGAUCUGUUUUGCACUCUUGUCCCCUGCAUUUCAUUUGUAAUGGUUGUAAAAUAUUAACCAGAAGUGAAGUAAAUUUACACAGUCUUUAUUUCCUCUGUAAUAAGUUUCAAAUGGCCAACUACUACCAAGCAUUGUUAUUCAUCACAACACAGACCUGUAAAAUACACUGUUACGGAUGUAUUGUUUUAUACUGAUGUUUUCUAUCCAUCAGAACAAGGCUUAGUCCCAGUACCUAUCACCAGAUUGUAUACAGCAUGGGAAGAUAAUUUAUGAUUUCUUUUCUCAGGCUUUUUACUUUCCCUUUUGUAUUUGUCUUUUUUGCACACUUUGUAACUGACAGUUUGAUUUGAAAUCAUUUAGUUAGUAUUUUUAAAAUAUGUUGAACACUUGACAGCCAGGAUUCUAGCCAGUCAUCAAUAAAUGGGCCAAUAUAUAAAUAUAUGCAGUUAUAGUGGACCAUUAGUGAUUCCUUUUUUUUUUUUGUUCUACUCAUGUGAUCUUGCUUUUCUGAGAUGCUUUUGUAUUAGUUAAACUACAGACAGAAAAAAAAUCCACUGAUAAUCUGUUUUUAUGAUCGUUUUGCACCAUUAGCUGUUUUCAUUUGUUAUUUUUCUCCAGAUUGUUACAGUGCUAUUAACCCCAUGGAAGCCUACAUAAUGAGUGAUUUGAAAUAACCGUGUUAGCUGAUGUAAGACAGGAUAAUGGAUGCAUGUAUUUAUUAAUAAUGGAAUGCCAGCUCAUUUGUUUGCAUUCAUUUUGAAAUGUAGCACAACAUUUGGUAAAGGAACUCUCCUUUUGAAUGAUUUCAUGAUCUUUUCAACAUUUAGUCAGCUCUUUUUAGGAUUUAAACUGUUUGAAGGUUGUUUGUGUGUGGAUUAAGUUAUAAUGAAAAAAAGAAACACUGUUCUUCCUGUCAGUAUUUUAUUAUCUGGUGAUUACAGGACAUUUCAGACAAACUGCUUUAGCGUUACUGUACACAGCUUAAGUUUGAAUGAAGAGUGGAUUUUGCACUUUGACAGUAUCUUUGCUUUUGUUGGUAGAAUUAAAAACGACUGUUGUGUUUCUUUUUGUGUAUAUUUCAGCAAAUAAGACUCCAUAUUCAGUAAAGUGGACAUAAAUACAAGUUUGCUUUUUCAGAUUGGAAGUUUUUCCUUAACUUUAAAAACAUGGUUGACAAAAAGCUGUUAUCACAAGGUUCACCUAUCAUAUCACCUGACGUUUUUAAAGUAUGUCAUUCAGAGUUGACUAAGUUGGUGAACAUGUUAUCCUGUCAAAGAAAUGAGGUUAAGAAAUAUGACAUAACAUAUGAAUGACAAAUGUGAAAACGAGAUGCAGAAAAUGUCAUGAUUUGAUUGAAUGUCUACUAAAUAGACCCGUUGUUAAAGCUUUAUCUCUCAA